AUGCCUCCUCGUAGGAGGCCGCUGCCGUCGGCGGCCGGCGCGCGAUCUGUGCAGUCAGAGGCCGCUUCCAAAGCCGCUCCCACGGAUGGUCCAAAGGGCAAGCGCCCGUCCGUGUCGAAGCCUCCCCCAUCGGCCGCCCAGCCUACCGCCGGUCCUGAAGAACAAGAUGAAGCCGUAGAGGAGGACCAUAGCCACCCUACCUACCGCCACCGCGAUCCUUUCGACGCCCUUCUCGAGCCGUUCUACUACAACAAAUCUCUGACCGACCCGAUCAACACGGCGAAGGAUAAAUGGAAUCUGUUGCCAGCGUUUCUGAAGGUGAAAGGAUUGGUGAAGCAGCACAUUGACUCAUACAACUACCUCGUCGAAGUGCAGCUGAAGAAAAUUGUGGAGUCAAGCUCUAUCAUCCGCAGCGAUGUCGACCACAACUUCUACAUCAAAUUCACCGAUAUUUACCUGGGUGCGCCCCGACGCGCGGACGAGUCGCAGGAUGCGGGCCCGGCCUUUACCGGAUCGACAGUCACGCCGCAGGAAUGUCGACUGCGUGACACGACUUAUGCUGCCCCCAUACAAGUCGACUUUGACUACGUGCGUGGUCGUCAACGGGUGAGGAAGAGAGGUUACGCUAUUGGCCGGAUGCCCGUCAUGUUGCGCAGUUCCAAGUGUGUCUUGGCCAACAAGAGUCCUGCGGAAAUGACCGUGCUGAACGAGUGUCCUCUCGACCCCGGUGGUUACUUCAUCGUCAAUGGAACGGAAAAGGUUAUUCUUGUUCAGGAACAGUUGAGCAAGAACAGAAUUAUCGUGGAGACGGACCCCAAGAAGGAAAUCGUCCAGGCUUCUGUUACUAGUUCGUCGAACGAGCGUAAAUCGAAGAGUUACAUCGUUCUCAAGAAGGACAAGCUCUACGUGAAGCACAACGUUCUCAACGAGGAUAUUCCCAUCGUCAUUCUGCUCAAGGCAAUGGGCAUCAACACCGACAAAGAAAUGUUGCUUCUCGUUGCCGGCGUGGACAAGGUUUACCAAGAAGACUUUGCGAUCAACUUCGAAGAGGCCAUCAACUUGGGCAUCUACACACAACAGCAAGCUCUGGAUUGGAUUGGUGCUCGCAUCAAGAUCAACCGGAAACAGGCAUCCUACCGCCGAACCCACGUGCAAGAGGCCAUUGAAGCUAUUGCCUCCGUUAUCAUUUCGCACAUUGAAGUCAAGAACAUGAACUUCCGUCCAAAGGCCAUCUAUGUGGCCCACAUGGCUCGUCGUGUCUUGAUGGCGAAGAACGACCCUACGCUUGUGGAUGACCGUGAUUAUCUUGGAAACAAACGAUUGGAAUUGGCGGGUCAACUUUUGGCUCUGCUUUUUGAGGAUCUUUUCAAGAAAUUCUGCUUCGAUAUCAAAAUGAACGUCGACAAGGUUCUGAACAAGCGCAACAGAGCGGAAGCCUUCGAUGCCUGGAGUGUCAUGAGUAUGCAUACGAAUCACAUCACGCAGGGCAUGAAUCGGGCCAUCUCGACAGGUAACUGGAGCUUGAAACGUUUCCGCAUGGAACGUGCAGGUGUCACUCAUGUGCUCAGUCGUCUGAGUUAUAUCGCCGCGCUGGGUAUGAUGACGCGUAUCAGCAGUCAGUUCGAGAAGACUCGAAAGGUCAGCGGUCCAAGAGCUCUGCAGCCGUCGCAGUUUGGCAUGCUUUGCCCAGCAGAUACUCCCGAAGGUGAAGCAUGUGGUCUCGUGAAGAACUUGGCGCUUAUGACACAUAUCACAACCAAUGACGAGGAGGGCCCCAUAAGGAAUCUGAUCUUUAUGCUGGGAGCUGAGGAUAUCCAGACUCUUGGAGGGAAAGAACUCUAUGGGCCUGGAUGCUACACAAUCUCGAUUAACGGAACGCCGACAGCCCUCACCCGCCGUCCGAAGUAUUUCCUGAAUGCGUUCCGCAGAUUACGUCGGAUGGGAAGAAUCUCUGAGUUUGUCAGUAUCUACAUCAACCAUCACCAACAUGCGGUGCACGUCGCUACAGAUGACGGUCGCAUCUGUAGACCGCUCAUCGUCGUCGAGAAUGGAAAGUCCACGGUCCAAACACACCAUCUCGAAAAGUUGCGUGAGGGAACUAUGCAAUUCGAUGACUUCCUCGCCCAGGGUUUGGUGGAAUACCUUGAUGUUAAUGAAGAAAACGACUCGUUGAUUGCGAUUUACGAGAAAGACAUCAGUGAAACCACGACUCAUCUGGAGAUCGAACCUUUUACGAUCCUUGGAGCUGUCGCUGGCCUCAUUCCUUACCCACACCACAACCAAUCGCCUCGUAACACUUACCAGUGUGCUAUGGGUAAACAAGCUAUUGGUGCAAUUGCCUCGAAUCAAUUCCUUCGCAUUGAUUCUAUUCUCUAUCUCAUGGUGUACCCGCAGAAACCCAUGGUCAAAUCCCGAACCAUUGAACUGACCAAAUACGACCAACUUCCUGCGGGACAGAAUGCGAUCGUUGCUGUGAUGAGUUACUCCGGUUACGAUAUUGAGGAUGCUCUGGUUUUGAACAAGGGUUCCGUUGACCGUGGAUUCGGACGAUGCCAGGUGUUCCGCAAAUACGUUACCAACCUCAAGAGUUAUUCCAACGGCACGAAGGACAUGCUGACUCCUCCUUCUUACGAAAACGAUGCGCCUAUAAGAAAGCACGCGCUUCUCGAAAGCGACGGGUUAGCUGCGGUGGGAGAGCAGGUCAACGCGGGUGAAGUCUACAUCAACAAGUCUACGCCUGACCAGGCCAACUCGUUUGGAAUAGGAGGUCCCGAUCCGAAUCGGCCAAUCAAUUACAUGCCCACACCGAUGACCUACAAGCUCCCUGACCCGGCCUACAUCGACCAAGUUUUGUUGUCGGUAACAGAAAACGAGAACCAGCUGGUCAAGGUGCUGACCCGCCAAACCCGCCGACCAGAAGUUGGCGACAAGUUCUCCUCGCGUCACGGACAGAAGGGUGUCGUAGGUAUCAUCGCUGACCAGGCUGAUAUGCCGUUUACCGACCAAGGUAUCAACCCGGAUAUUAUCAUGAACCCCCACGGUUUCCCCUCUCGAAUGACGGUCGGAAAGAUGCUGGAGCUUGUGGCCGGAAAGGCUGGUGUCCUCUCAGGUCAACACGGCUAUGGCACUUGCUUCGGCGGCAGCCCUGUGGAGGAGAUGUCACAGAUUCUGAUCGACAAGGGUUUUAGCUACGGCGGUAAAGACUAUCUUACCUCUGGAAUCACCGGCGAAGCCCUCCCAUUCUACGUCUUCACCGGUCCCAUCUACUACCAGAAACUGAAGCACAUGGUCCAAGACAAGAUGCACUCUCGAGCCCGCGGACCGCGUGCCAUCCUCACCCGCCAACCGACCGAAGGUCGUUCCCGCGACGGUGGUCUCCGUCUUGGUGAGAUGGAGCGCGAUUGUCUGAUUGCAUACGGAACUAGUCAGCUCCUUCUCGAGCGCCUGAUGAUCUCGUCUGAUCGCCACGAGAUCGACGUGUGCGAGAAGUGCGGCUUUAUGGGCUAUCUGAACUGGUGCCAGCGAUGCAAGUCCUCGCGCAGCGUCGUGAAGAUGGUUAUCCCGUACGCCGCCAAGCUCCUCAUCCAGGAGCUGAUGAGUAUGAAUGUUACGGCUAGGUUGAAGCUCGAGGACGAGUUCCCUGAGAUGAAGGGACGGUGA